UUUUUUCAAAAAUUGUGGUGUGCGGACGACGUCACGCGCGUCGCCGGGUCAAAGUUGCGUCGGCGGAUUGCCGCAUUGUUUGCGUGUGUGUGUGCGGGAAGGGCGCGCUUUCAUCUGUGUUUGUGUGUACGUUGUUCGUUCUCAGCGUGUGUUUCGAAAUACCGCAUUGUUUAAUUACAGAAUUACAGCCGCCGCGGCUAAUUCCGUGCCAACAAAGGCAGUGUGUGAAUGAAAUUAUGCUUAAAUAGCUACAGCUAGCUAGCCACAGUUUUGCGAGGUGCAAAGUCGAAGAAGAGCAAAUAACAACAACAAAUUGCCAUCACCUUUGUCGUCAGUACAGCGAAAAGCCAAAAAAGAGUUAAAAGCCGGCAUUUGGAGGACGGCAAGAAGAGUUCGGCAGAAGAUAAAAAACCAAACAAAACCCAACAGAACGCAACUGCGGCGUCAGCUGAGCCUUGGUGGCCACAUUCCAGCGUCAUCAGCCGGUGGAGGCCAUAAACGUUGCCCCCGCCGCAGCCGCCAAAGCGGCCAAGCCCGGGUCACCAACGAAAUUCUUUCUCCUCUGAAAACGGGAGAAGUGAGGAGGUAGAAGAAUCAACAAUACAGCGGAUCCUCAUUAUAUCCAACUAAACUGUUGGAGUCCGUUGACAGUAUUAAAGGCCCCAAAAUGAAACUCCUCCCUCUGGGCAUACUAAUGAUCUGCCUAGCCGUGGGCCUGGCUAAUGGAGAGACAAAUCUGCCACCCGUGUUUACCCAAACCUUGAAUAAUAUCAUCCUAUACGAGAACGUGACAGUGGGCACAGUAGUUUUCCGGUUAGAGGCCUACGAUCCAGAGGGCAGUCCCGUGACCUAUGGUGCCAUUGGAGCCGAUCAUUUUAGCGUUGAUCCCGUUUCGGGCAACAUCACUUUGAUUAAGCCACUAGAUCGCGAGGAGAAGGACAGCCUUAAGUUUCUGGUUUCCAUAAGGGAUCGUGUGGAUCCCGAGGGAGAGUCGGAGCGGGAUAAUGUGGUUGAAGUACCAAUUACAUUCAUUAUACUCGACCUGAACGACAAUCCCCCAGAAUUUCAGAAUACUCCCUAUGAGGCAGAUGUUAAUGAAGAUGCCAAGGUGGGCACCACCAUUUUUGAUAAGAUUCUUGUCAAAGAUCGGGAUAUAGUUGGCGAGAGUCUUGAUCUAAAGUGCUUGCCCCAGCAGCAGAGUCCAGAGGCCUGCAGCAAAUUCCGAUUGCAUGUGAUCAAGCGAGAGGCCACUGUUCUGGAAGCUGCGGUAGUGCUCAACGACACCCUCAAUUACAACCAGCGGAUGGUGUAUCACUUUCAGAUCGAAGCCACCGAUGGACCACACAAGACGCAGACCACCUUCGAGGCCAGGGUGAAGGAUGUUCAGGAUAAACCACCCGUCUUUCAGGGCUCUCUGUCCACAGUGAUCGAUGAGGAUAGUCCCAUUAAUACCUUGGUACUCACUGUACAUGCCAGGGAUGGUGACACGGGCGAGCCAAGAAAGAUUGUCUAUGAUCUGCUGACAAACCCCAACGACUACUUCCUGCUGGACUCUCAGUCCGGAGAACUGCGCACUGCCAAGCCCCUAGAUCGCGAGGCUCUCGAGGAUUCCACGGGCAUCAUCUCACUGGUAAUUAGAGCCCGUGAGCUGGUGAACGGCGUGCCCAGCGACGAACCGCUGACAAGUGCCACGGCCAAGGCAACGGUGACCAUACGAGAUGUUAACGAUUCCCCGCCAGUGUUCAAUCGCAAGGAGUACUCCGUGUCCCUGCUCGAGAACACACCGCCCGGAACCCCGCUCGCCCUGGACAUGAGCGUCAGCGAUGCUGAUGUGGGCAUGAACUCAAAGUUUGCCCUGCGUCUGGAAGACGUUUCUGGGGUAUUUGAUGUGGAGCCCAAACUGGUUACCGGCUACUCGCAGGUGAAUAUUCGCGUGGCCAACGGCACUUUGGACUACGAGAAUCCCAACCAGCGCAAAUUUAUCGUACUGGUGGUGGCCGAGGAGACGGACACGAAUCCAAAGCUCUCCUCAACGGCCACAAUUACGGUGAGCGUGCUGGAUGCCAACGACAACAAACCGGUUUUCGAGCAGGAAAGCUAUUCGGCCUCCGUCUCGGAGGCGGCGCUUCCGGGUCAGUAUAUAGCCACCAUUACGGCCCGGGAUGUGGACUCUGGCAGCUACGGAGACUCCGGCAUUCGCUACAGCCUAUCUGGCACCGGAGCGGAACUUUUCCAUGUCAACGAGCAGACAGGUGUCAUUAGCCUGGCCAAUUGUCAUGGCGAGGGUGAGAGCAACAGGCGCGAGAGACGUGAUCUGCAUGGGUUUGAGAAUGACGAUGAGGAGGGGGAGGGUCACCUGGAAAUGCUCUCCAUGGAGGCGGCCGUUCCCAGGGAGAUUGGCACCGAGCCGACCGUCCAGUAUACAUUAGUCACCCAGGCGCCAGAGGAGCGAGUACCGGCGGCUCCAGUUUCAGAUCCAGCUGCAUUUCCACCUGGAGUUCCCGCAGCGACUGCUAAUGACGACAAGGCACCACAAACGUGUCUGGACUACGAAUCGGAGACCACGUACUUCUUGUCAUACAAGGCCACCGACGACAAUGGACGUGGCUCAGCUUCUGUGGUUUCCUUGCGGAUCUCCGUGAUGGAUGCCAACGACUCGCCGCCUGUCUGCGAGAGUCCCCUGUACCGGGCAAGUGUGGACGAAGGUGCCGUGGUCUUUGACUCCCCGCUGAUUGUCAAGGCCCGAGAUGCAGACACCAUGUCCAGCAUUAGCUACAGAAUCCGAGGCUCCGAGCAGGUGGAGGGCAUCUUCGACAUCGAUCGGGAAAGCGGUCAGAUCAGCAUCCGACCGAACGCUAGCCUGGAUGUGACCAAUCUGAAGAGCGAUCAACUCAUCUUUGUGGUGGAGGCCAACGAUGGGCUCUUCACGGCCAGCUGCGGGGUGAACAUCACGGUGCGGGAUGUGAACAACCAUGUGCCCAGCUUCGAGCAGCAGAGCUAUAGUGCAGUUGUGGAGGAGAACUCGGAGAUUGGCACGAGUGUGGAGAGGGUUCAUGCCAGCGAUCUGGACACCGGAAAGAAUGCUGAACUCCGCUACCGCAUACAGCAGGGCAGCUUCGACGAUUUUGGCAUUGAUGAGCGUACCGGCGAGGUGUUUGUCUCCCGAAAACUGGACUUUGAUCGCAGGAAUACUUACCAACUUCAGGUUCAGGCCGCUGAUUUGGGUACUCCCAGUCUGACGGGCACCGCUACUCUGACCAUCAAUGUGCAGAACAGCAACGAUAAAGAUCCCUACUUUGUGCCGGCCACUCAGCACGCCGAGGUGCGAGCGGAUGCUCCACCUGGACAGCUGGUUUACACCUUAAUCGCUUUGGAUCCUGAUGUGGCCAGUCACAAUGCCCUGGAGUUUGCGGCCACCGAUGACAUUACUGCUAUUGACAAGGAGGGCAAGGAGCUGCCGCACAACGAUCAGUUUAAGGAGUACUUUGCGAUUGCUAGGAACGGCAAGGUGACGGUGAACAAGAACUUGGAUCGCAAUCUGUUUGCCGUGAUGCGAAUCAAUGUCCUGGUCACGGACAGUACAGCUCCCAAUGUCCAGCAGGGUCGCGGUUUGCUAAUUAUUCAGAUUAUUGAUGUCAACAAGAUACCACCGCGUUUCAAUGCCCCUUGGAGCGUGGAACAGCCGCAGAUAAAGUUGCAAAUGGUGGAAGAGCAGCCUGUAGGCACUAUACUGACCACCUUGCAGGCCACCGACGAGGACUCCAGCAUCGGGGAAUUCAACAUCAGUCCGAAUGACUAUUUUGCCAUCAACCAGACCAGCGGAGUGAUCUACACCAUUGCCCGGCUUGAUUACGAGGCCGUUAAGGAGGUGAAGUUCCUGGCCACGGUCAGUGAUACGGGUGUGCCUGCCUUGACAGCCACCGCGGACGUGGUGGUGGACAUCAUUAACCUUAAUGACAACGAGCCAAAGUUCACCCAAACCGAUUACUAUUUCAAUGUCACGGAGAACUCCCCGCGAGGCACUGUAGCUGGCAAGGUGGAGGCCACGGAUGGGGAUGUCGGAGUCUUUGGGGAGAUCACUUACACCUUGAUUGGAGAGAACAACAAAUACUUUAGCAUCGAUGCCUACACGGGCAACGUGAUGGUGGCCAAUGCCUCUAUACUCGAUCGCGAGCAGAUCAAGGAGCUAACGCUAUCGGUUGUGGCCCAGGAUAAGGCACCAGCAACUGUCCAGAAGUCUGCCACGGCAACGAUCCACAUCAACAUCCUUGAUGUCAAUGAUAAUGCCCCCGUUUUCACGCGAGAUGUCUACAAUUCCACGGUAGCGGAGAACGCCGCCUAUCAGCCCCCGGCUGCCCUGCUCCAAGUGCAGGCCAUCGACCAGGAUGAGGGACUUUAUGGCGAUGUUCGCUACAUUAUCACCGGUGGCAACGAACUGGCUCUCUUUAAGCUCGACGCCCAGUCCGGCAUUGUGUAUCCAGCGCAGAGUUUGACCGGAAAGCAUGGGGUCUACGAUCUGACCAUCUCGGCCCGCGACACCCAGGGAUCUGGCACCAUGGAGAGCACAACCAGAGCGAUCAUCACGGUGCUAAGGGUUAAUCGCCACAAGCCGGAGUUUAUUAUACCCGCUCUGUCUAAUGCCACCAUUGAGAUACCCGGCGAUAUUGUCCAGCCGGACUAUCUCCUCCUUACCGUCAAGGCUGUGGAUAAUGAUACGGAGGAUAAUGGAAAAAUCAGCUAUCACCUUCAGGUGAACAACAGGAACGAGCAGCAGACGGCUGAGUUUAAGAUCGAUGAUAUGACGGGAGAGUUGCGCGCUAAAACUCUGCUAAAUCGCAAGAAUCGAGCCAACUACGACAUCAUUCUGGUGGCCCGGGAUGCCGGUAAUCCGCCAUUUGAAUCGCUGCGCCUGCUCACCGUCAGUAUUGUGGAUGCCAACGAGAAUCGUCCAGAGUUUCCAGAUGCCUCCAAUCCCUACAAGGUGUCCAUCAACGAGAACAGUGGAAGGGAUGUGAAAAUUGGACAUAUUCAGGCUGCCUCCAGGAGUAAGCACAAUCGCGAUAUCUUCUACUACAUGCUCCUGGGCAAUGAGGACGGAGCCUUCUAUGUGGACAAGCUGACAGGUGACAUUUACACAAACAAGAGCUUAGACCGUGAGCAGACAGACGUCUACACGCUGUACAUCUUGGCCAGCAUCAAGGCAGAUCUGCACAUCUCCGAGGAGGAGCGCGCCGCCUUUUCCAUCAAAACCUUGAAUCGGGACAACACUGUAGCAAAGGUAGCCAUAACGGUGCUGGAUGUCAAUGAUAAUCCUCCCGUUUUCGAGAAGCCCAUCUAUUACGCUGGAGUUAAUGCCAAUGCCAAGAUGGGCGCGGCCAUUGCGCUGGUGAAUGCCACGGAUGCGGAUCAGGGCAAGAAUGCCAAGAUUGAGUUUAUGAUCGUGGCCUCAAACCUGUACAAGUUCGGGGCCAGCAAGGCCACUGGUUCGAUUGUUCCGAGUCCAUUUGCCAUCUCGCAGGAGGGACGUAUAACGGCCAACACGAUCAUGGCCGAGUAUAACCAGGAUCGCUUCGAACUGGAGAUUGUGGCCCGAGAGCUCGAGCAACCCCAGCGAUCGGCCAGCACCAAAGUUAAUAUCUGGGUCUUUGAUGGCACACAGCUAGUGCGUGUGAUCCUCUCCCGACCGCCUGAAGAGGUUUAUCAGGAGCAAGAGGAGAUCAUAGCCGAGCUGCGUAAUGCCACCCAGCAUCGCAUUAUUGUGGACGAGAUUCGUUUCCAUCUGGACUCGAUUGGACGCAUUCGUAUGGACUGGUGUGACCUGUAUUUCCAUGCCGUUGAUCCCCAGACCCAACAGAUAGCACCGGUCGAUGAGAUCCUUAAGGACAUUGACAGGAACUACGAUUAUCUCAAGGACUACUAUGCUGGCUUUGCCAUAGAAAAUGUGGUGCCUGCCUAUAUAGCCAUUGUCCAGGACGAAUUUGAUCUGGCUGUGGCGGGAUUGGUGGCUCUGGUCAUUGUCCUGUUCGUGGGCGUCAUAAGCUUCAUUGUAUUGUGUUGCUGCCUGAAGCACUGGAAUCUGUCGGUGCCCGUUGAGACGCGACGGAAAGAGGCGUUGAUCAAGAAGCAGAUUAUAGAGGACCUAAACACCACCGAGAAUCCUCUUUGGAUCGAGCAAAAACUAAAACUGUACGAGGAGCAGGAGUUGACCAUGCAGGUCUUCUCAGAGCCCGAUCACAUCUCCAAUUCGGAGACACCGGGCCACCUGGACCACCAUCGCAGCUCACUGGAGCAGGUCCAUCACGUGGGCCAGUCGGUGGAUAACACCUAUGCCACCAUUCAACCGCGUAAUAACCAGAACCGCCUGACUGGAGGCGGUGGUGCCGGAGGUGGUUCAAUGCGCAGCGGCGGCGGCGCCAGUGCCGGUGGCGUGGGUGGUGCCGGUCUGCUGCUGGCCCGCGUCGAUCCACAUCACAUGAAUGAGUUUGCGGACUAUGCCACGCUGCGUAACAAUCGAGCGCCAUCGCUGUACGAGUUUACGGGUUCCACCUUCCAGGCCCCCAUUCGGGAUGGCGAUGAUGCCGUGGCCGAGCUGAUCUAAGUCUCGUUUUGGAGCAGCGACUGGUUGCCCCCCAAAAGGAUGUGUAAAUUAUGUGUAGUAGACAAGCCCUUGCCGUGGUCCGUUCUGUUGCAUCUUUGAGUUUGCCGUUAACCAUAUUAUAUAGGCACGUACAUAACACUUAUAUAUAUCGAGAGCGUAUAUACAUACAUACUUAGCGUAGUUGUAUCUGGUAAGCCAGAAGUAACCAGGAUAGGGGGACAGCAACAGCAACAGCAACAGAACUACAAGAACAAGAACCCAUAGAGGAAAUUCUCCCGCAUAAAUAAUGACAAUAAUAUAUAUGUACUAUUAUAUAUUGACAAUGUCUCUAGCCGUAAUGAAUCGAUAUUGAAUAUGUAAGAGUUACUAAUCAGCAUCAGCAUCAGCAUCUUCAUCUGCAAUCCUCGAAUAAUUCCGCGAUAUUAGCUAUGUUAAGUUGUACCACUCCGAAAAGACUAAAUUAUUUGCUCUUCCAAUUCCGUAUUACGUUUAGUUAACAUUUAGGUUCUUAGAUCCUAGUUUUAAUUAGCCAAACUUGCUCAUAACUCAUAAGUUCAUGUAUAUUUUAAGUUGGCGAGAAUUGGAAAUGUGCAACGAACUAAGUUACAAUUGAUUGACCCCUGUUCACAUAACCUCACGGACAGCGAGCCAGAAACUCAUUUAUGAUUGCAUUUACAUUAAAUAUAUUAUAC